AUGGGAUCUAUUAAUAAUCAUACAAAUUCACUUUCAGAUAAUGAGGAAUUGACAAUGCUUGAAGAGGGGUUGCGGGCUCUUAUUGAGUGGGGUGUGUCAAUUACGGGAACAUUCUUGACAGAUUUCGCCAAUGUGGAAGGAGAAGGAGGUUUUUUUUUAGCCUUCAGGAGACAAGGUACAAGCUUGAAAGACAUUUUGGAGAAAUUUGUUGAUGUAAAGAAAUUUUAUGAGGAUAAUCGAAUUACACCUUUCUACCAAAAGAUUUUGACUGACUUACUUCUAGUGGUAAGGCAUUUGAUGGAUACCAUAGUCAAGUGCACACUUGAUCUGUCAGACAUUUAUAUUUUGAAUGGUGGACAUGUUAUGAUGACAAAUUUUAAAUUGAGAGGUUGUCCUAGUUCAAUUUCUGAAUGGAAAAAAUUAGCCGUGGUUGUGAAGGCUAUAAAUGAAAGUACCAAUUAUGAAGCAAACAUGGAAAUGAAUAUUUUUAUAAAUUAUCUUGAAAGUGAAAAUGCAAAGUGUUUUACUGACUUAUCCAAACUGCCUCUCUUUUGGACACCAGAAGAGAGAGGAUUAUUUCCUCGUGCUGUUUGGGACUUCAUAAAAGCAAAACCUUCUCUAUCUAGUGUGAUAAAUAGCUCACCUUUCGAAGGAAGUGUCAAUGUGUUUCAAAACGAUCCUAUAUUGAGGCAACUAAAGCAGGGUGUGGACAAUUACGAAAGUCAAUUCGGAAAGGAUCCAGAUGAGUUUUCUGGUUUCGAUAUAGCUGAAACUGAAGUUAGGAACACCUUGGGCAUAAUCAGGAAGUGCUUGUCCCACUUUCACAAACAGAACAUUACAAGCUUGGGUCUCAAAAAUGAAGAUGAAGUAGCAAAAUAUUUUGAAAAAUCAUUCAAGGACUACAUCGGACAACUAUAUAAGUGGGCACUGAUUUUUGAAUCUAGUUCACAAGUAAAAUUACUUCCGCAAAGGACAAUUUUUAGUAAGCUAAACAAGGAACCAUGAAUGUUGAUGUUUUUGUGGUAAGUGGGCUUUUGAUUCACAACCAAGAAUUUACAUUUGUGUAAGACAAGUGUUAUGUAUUCUGGAGGUCUUGAUGAAUCUUGUCAUCUUGUUUGUUUUGGCUCAAUUGACUAUCUUUCGUUUAUUCUUUAGGCUUCUAGGAGCUUAGAAUGAUAGCUAGGAGCCAUGACACAUGAAGCUCAAAAUUCGAUGAAUUCAUAAGUUUCCAUAAGUAAAUGUCAACCUGUGCACAUGAAUACUUUUUAUUAGUUUUCUUCAAUUGGUUGAAAUUUUAAGCUAAUCUUCUGUUUAAACUUAGCUUAUUACGCGAUACAAUCCUUUCAUUUCUCCUAGAACAUAUGCUGUGCUACAUAUACAAUGGAGAUAAAUGCUCUGGCAUAUCAGCUAAAAUGGGAUUGUUUGGAGGGAAACCAGUGGGAGUAGGUGCAGAAGUGAGUCUCAAUGGCACCAUUAAAGGUGUCCAGGGCUCAUCAGGAUGUUGUUGGAUAGCUAACUAAAGUUUUUAUCCAUUUUGUCACUUGGGGACCUGUUUUUGUGGCAACAAUCUCUAAAGGCGGCCUGUGAUUUAAUGGUCCUGUUGCUACUAUCUUUUAAUGUUUUGUAAGAUAAUGGUUUCUUGAGACUGUGACCUGAAUAUCUCUUAUUGUGAAUUGAAAUUAUGAACCAAAAUUUAGCAUUA